UGAUCUCCAAUAAACUAAAAAUUUCAGAUUUUCUAAAGAGUUUUUUUUAAUAUUAAUCGGUAUAUAAGAUUACAAUCAUGAAUUACAAAACUAAAGAUUUAGCUCCCAUUGCUAUCCCACAUGGACCACCUGUGGAAUCCACUUCUGAGUACUUUAAGUCUUUGAUGGAAAGUGCCAGAAUGGUCAAAAAAUAUCCAGUAUGGGACAUUGCACGACCAACUCCUCAAGUUUUGAUGGAGCAGGCUCGCCGGGACCUGAUGGAGGCGGACAUCAAGUUGGCACUCAAAAGAGAUGAAGAGAAACGAAAUCGAGUUGUCAUGGACGCUAAGUGGGAAGACUUGAGGAAGAAAGAAAAUCUGCUGAAAGAGUCCUUUAUCAGUUUUAACAAAUUCAUUCGAGAGAACCAAGAGAAGCGAGAUCGAGCUGAACGUAAGAUGCAAGCUGACAACGAGGUUCUAGAACGCAAGACGAAAGAGACAGAAGCUAUGCGACAGAGAGUCAUUGAGAUGGAAGAAGUCAAGAAGCUGAUGGAAAAGCAAGUCAAAGACUACACAAUUUACGAAGAUUACCUCAUGUCGGUAGUGAACAAUUAUCCUGAAUUCAAACAACCCCUGGACGUGCUCAAUCGUUAUGAAGCUUUGGCUGCUGCUAAAUCAACACUAGCUGAUCGUCAAGAGCGAGAUCUGGAGAUGUUGGAGAACGCACGCCAGGAGAUAGCAUCGCUGACUGAGGAGAAGAAACUCUUUAUUAUGGGACUUAACAACACGCUUGCUAAUCUCAGGUGGCGCUACGACAAAAUCCGGAACAGGGUGAUAAAAUGGGAGUUGGCGUUGAACCGACUGAAGGAGACUGCAGCACGGCGUCACGUGGAGCUGUGCCACGUUAAAUCCGCUAUUUGGAGUCUUUACGUCAAGAUAUGCAAGCAGAAAGGGCUAUCUAUCGACGUUGAUACCAACGACUUCGAACAACAGCUGGUCGUCAUCAUGAGAGCUCUGCUGGAACUGCGCAGGAUUUAUAGAAUCGCUCAAAAGAGGUCCAAAGAGAAAGAUAUAGAAUCACGUGAAUAAGCGUUACCUGAAAGGAGUGUCUUGAAAGUAGACGCGCUGAUGAUUAAUGGUACCUACUGCAAUCUGCGUAAAGGACAACUGGCAAUGUGACUUCAUAGUCUAAUUAAUAUAACUGCACAGCACCACAUGCCCCUAAUCUAUUCAAACGCCAUCUGGUGGGAAAACGUAGAAUUAGUUGAAAAUGCACACGAUAAAGCGCAAGUCUCCAAAAUGCCAAUUAAUUUCUAUGAUUAUUAUGUUCAAAAUUCGUUUA